CAACGUAGUUACGACAUGUAACUUCUUAUCACUAUUUGCGUGAUAUGUUAAUAAAGUUGUUGUAUUGUUGAUGACUUCACAGAAACUCCUUACUUGUGGCUUAUCAUUAAAAUGGAGAUUUUCCAAAACUUCAGACGUUGCGUUCUAAGAUCGCAAAUCGUGAUUUCAAAAUUGAAAUACUCAACGAAAUUAGAUGGACUACUUAAUGACGUUCAUGUUUUGGACUUAAGUCGUAUAGUAGCUGGUCCGUUUUGUACUAUGACCUUGGGCGAUUUAGGCGCGAAUGUAAUAAAAGUGGAAAGCCUAAGCGGAGACGAGGCCCGAAAAUGGGGCCCCCCUUUUAUGAAGGACUGCGGGGAUUCUUAUUAUUUUCAAUCUGUGAAUAGGAAUAAGAAAAGCAUUUGUAUUGACUUCAAGUCACAGGAAGGAAAGAAAAUAAUAUAUGAUCUAGCAAAGAAAUGUGAUGUGCUAGUAGAGAACUUCAUUCCUGGGAAACUGGACCAGAUGGAUGUAGGAUAUGAAAAGCUUAAAACUGUCAACCCUAAGCUUAUAUACUGUGCUAUCACAGGUUUUGGACCUAGAGGACCAUAUACAAAAAAACCUGGAUAUGAUGUAAUAGCAGCAGCUAUGGGUGGACUGCUACACACUACAGGUGAACGCAAUGGGAACCCAGUAAAAACAGGUGUAGCAAUCACUGACAUUACAACUGGCCUGCAUGCCUUCGGAGCGAUCAUGGCGGCAUUAUACCACCGUAAUAGCACUGGCCGUGGUCAAAAGAUUGACUGUAAUUUACUCUCCACUCAGAUAUCAAGUAUGAUCAAUAUAGCCACAAUUUAUUUGAACUGUGGUGUUGAGGGUCAACGUUGGGGAACGGCACAUGCUAAUCUGGUCCCUUACCAGGCUUUCAAAACUAAAGAUGGUUAUAUGGUUAUUGGUACAGGAUCGAAUCCACAAUUUGCUGACUUCUGUAAGCUCAUAAAUCGUGAAGAUCUUAUAACCGAUGAAAGGUUCAAGGAUAAUUCUAAUAGAGUGGAAAAUAGAGAUGAAAUUAUCAAAAUCAUUAGUGAUGUUAUCAUUACAAAGACAAGCAGAGAAUGGAGUGCUUUAUUUAAAGAUGCAACCUUUCCCAAUGGACCAAUUAAUACUAUGAAAGAUGUCUUUGAUGAUGAGCAUGUAAAAGAAAUAGGAUUGGUUAAAGAAUUACAGCACACAAGUGCAGGGACUCUGAAGGUAGUUGGUCCUCCAACAGAGUUUAGCGAAGGUGGUAACUUAGCCCGUACUGCACCCCCUACAUUGGGCCAACAUACAACAGACAUUCUAUCCGAUUUCCUUGGUUACCAUGAGAGUAAAAUUCAAGGAUUAUUCGAAAAGAACAUCAUUAGAUAAUGCUUCUCUUAUUUGUUAUCUGUUUCAGUUCUGAUAAUUUGUAAUCUUCAUACUUGUUUUCAACAAAGAUGUUACACAAUGAAAGUAGUUUAUCUUAUUUAAUGCAAUAAAAAUGUUUAUUUUGUGA